AUGCUGUCCACACAUAUGCGACGGCCUGCGACACGCUCGGUCCUCGCCUUUCGCCCUCCCAGAGCUCCGGCCCAGUCACUCAAUGCACCAUGGUCCCGAUUUGCGAGCAGCCAACAUAAACCUCAGUCGGGCUCAUCGCACUGGGUUCGCAACUCCCUUUUAUUUGCAGUGACAGGAACUGCAGCCGUUUUGGGCUAUUCUUAUAUAACCGAUGGAAAGGAAGCUUGGACUAGUGCUCCGGUGCCAACGAAGAAGGAAGUCAUCGACGUCAACGAUCUCCGUGCUCAGUUCGUUCAAGAAAAGCGAAGCCUCAAAAGCCCCGCCGUCUACACAUGGGGUUCCAACGUUCAUCGUGUGGUGGACCCUGAAUCUAAAGACACAGACAUCAAGGUCCCGCGACGGUUCAAAUACUUCAACGGCCAAGUACUGAGAGAUCUCAAGAUCGAGGAAAAGUCCGGUGCAGCAAUUACUGAAAAUGGAGAUCUAGUCCAAUGGGGCUAUGGCUUCUCGGAGACGGAAUACAAGCCCACUGAGACUCUGACCGGCAAAAACCUCACCUCACUCGCUCUGUCGGAAAGCCGAGUCAUUGCGCUUUCCUCCGAUGGAACUGUAUACUCCUUACCGACAUCCAAAAGUGAGCAAAUGGGUGGCACAAGGGCACAGGAGAGUUCAUGGAUCCCAUUUUGGGCCAACCAGUCUAAACUAAGCUAUCGUGUGUUGGAGCCAUCUUUGAAGCUGGGUGAGAAGGUCAUCACAAUCAGUGGUGGACAGGAACAUGUGCUUCUUCUCACAAGCUCCGGUCGAGUCUUCUCAGCGGCAUCCUCUACCGAGAAAUACCCUUCCCUUGGCCAACUUGGUGUUGAGGGACUCACCUGGUCAACCAGGCCCAAAGGGCCGGCGGAUUCUUGUCAUGAAAUCACAGCUCUUAAGGGCUUCAAGAUUGUCCAAAUUGCGGCAGGAGAUUAUCACUCUCUAGCAUUGAGCAAGGAUGGUCACAUGUUCGCAUUUGGUGAUAACUCCCUCGGCCAACUGGGUGUCGAUUGGGACGUAGAACGAUCAUUCAGGGAUGCUCCUUUCAUUCUGGACGUGGAAAAGCUUUAUAAAAAGAAUUCAUAUUUGCCAAAGGUCACCAGCAUUGCUGCCGGUGGUGCGAACACUUUUUUCACCGUUGAUGCCAAGCGUGUUUUGGCACCCAAGGAAGACCCUACCGAUGUCCGCGAUCUGGGAGUGGUGACUGCAGAUACAUGGUCUUGUGGUAGGGGAAUCUGGGGUACUCUCGGCAAUGGCAAAUGGAUCCACAUGCAAGAUGCGCCCACCAAGGUGAAGGCUUUGAGCGGCAUGGGCGAGUUCGACGAGAAAAAGAAUGAAAUGUCGCCCAUCCGUCUUCGGGAUAUCUCUGUCGGUACUACCCAUGUUUCGGCUGUGCUCGACAACAAGACCAAUGUCGGCAAGACAGCCAAGGACUCCCUGGACCAAUCCAAAGAUUGGGGCUAUGAUGUGCUGUGGUGGGGAGGCAACGAGCACUUCCAGCUCGGCACAGGCAAACGCAGCAACCAGUGCAAGCCAAUCCAUAUCAAUGCUCCUCCUGAAUCAAAGAAAACUCAGGCGGAGGCGCGAUUGCAGAUCAUUCCCCGUCACAAGGGCAAGGUUGGCAAGCGCACUGUGAGCAUGGAGCAACGGGUGGAGUGUGGACGUCAUGUCUCUGCUAUUUAUUCUGCUGUAUAA